CCUCUUCCUCCGCCGCCAUGUUUCUUCUUCCUCUUCAUCUCUCCACACUUCAUAGCCGAUUCUCUUUCUCUGCUUCCAUGAUCGGAGCUUUCUUUGCCUUCGUCUCCGUUGCCUUAGCAAGUUUAUCGACGUCAUUGACUCUCUGGUUUGAACUUUCAUCUCUUAGAAGGCGCCAAUCGCAUUUCAAUGGCGCUACUUUCUCCUCUUCCUCCGCCGUGUUCUUCUUCUCCUCGACGGUAACUCCACACUUCACGGCCGAUCUCUUUCUCUCCUUCCAUGAUAGGAUCUCCUUCGCCCUCGUCUUAUUCGAUCUGUACAUUUCAAUGGCGCUACUUUCUCCUCUUCCUCCGCCGUGUUCUUCUUAUCGGCGGCAACGCCACACUUCACGGCUGAUCUCUUUCUCUCCUUCCAUGAUCGGAUCUCCUUCGCCUUCGUCUUAGUCAAUCUUCGCAAGUGAUUCAACAUGUCAUUGACUUCAAAUCCUAAACCAGUCGUCGUCACCGAAUGAACGAAGGAAAAGAUGCAAAAAUGCUCAUUGACAGUUCUGGUUUGAACUCCCAUCGCUUUCCUUUUCUAUUCUUUGAUGGUAAAAUCGUGUUAUAAAAUUGUGAAGGUAUAAGUUAAUACAAUGAUAAAAUUUCAUAUA